CGCAUGCAUGUAGUUGAGUGUAAAUAAAACGGAAAUGUAUAAAAAGGGUGAAAACUAAAUAAGACAUUGGAAUUAAAAUGAGUCUUUGUGUGUUUUUAUUGUACUUUAUCGUGACUAGUAAUGCUGAAGAUGUGAGUUACCGGGAAACAGGUUGCUAUGGUGAUGCUUCCGGUGACAGCGACAAUCGUCUGGUUGCAUCGUGCAGCACGGGGCGUAUAUACAUAAACGAUAUUCUUGUUGGAACAAAACCAGCAUCGGUCGGUUGUCCAUCUGUGGACCACCAGUCUUUUCCCGCCCUGGCAGAGACAUGCUGCACCUACAACACGUCUACAGACUGUGUGAGGCCCUACACUGGGUUCUCACUCAUGGCCUAUCUGUCCGACUGUACGGGCGCAGUGAAGUGCGAAAAGCAGGUUAUCUGGGACGUGAUGGUGUGUGAUACGGCAGUACAUGUAUACCCUACAUUCAGCUCCUAUAUGGUGCUGGACUACGUGUGCAGAACAACUGGAGUGUUCGGUUCCCCAUGUGAUGGCGUGACGGACUGUCGGUACGCGCGCCCGGAGUGCCAGGACCAGGUUUGUGGAUGUGAAGACGAUUACUCCUAUGUCGGCGGGGAAUGCGUCCUCGACGGGUCGACGGGCGGCGAAUGUUUGCUGCAGGCCAGCGUCCCAUGCACGGACCCGAACGCGGAGUGCUCGUAUAGCGGUAUCUGCCAGUGUCGGGUCGGCUUCCGGCUUAUAGAUGACAGAUGCACUGAAGGUGACGACGGUCUACAGAGGGUGACGAGUUGUUACGGCGACAGGAUCUCACUGUCUUGUGAGACUGGAGGGAUCUACAUCGUGGAUAUCAGUGUGGCGGCAAAACAGUUACAAACCAAUUGCGGUCUUGUACCAACUGACCAUGCCGAGUGUUGUACAGUGAAUGUUACCACAGACUGCAUCAACAAGUACGAAGGUCUAAGUAUCCCGAGUUUCCACGCGUGUUACGGGAAGUCCUCCUGCGAGAACCAGGCGGUCUGGGCGCCCAUCACCUGUGAGCCGCCGGGACUCUUCCCGUCCCUGAGCAACUACAUGAUCAUUGACUACUACUGUCUCCCGUUCGGGCACAAUUUCGGUCCGUGCAGUGGUACAGCGGACUGCAUGGAUCCCGCCGCCGACUGUGACAAGGCUUCCUGUCAGUGUACCCAAGACCACGUUGCCGCGGAUAUUUUUGACCGGUGCUGGGAAGACGGACAUGUGAACGGAGACUGCAUGUUUGGCUCAGACACGCCCUGUAAAGGACAGAACACGAAGUGUGACUAUGGAAGCAACAAGUGCGUGUGCAUCGAUACUUACGUCAUCGAUGACGUCAUCAUGGAGUGCGUGUGUCCAUCGGGCUAUCGGGAGGUCAACAGUCGGUGCACCAACGAUGGUAUGCCUGGCGGCUUCUGCAACUCCUCGGUACCGUGCAUUGUUGAAGGGUCUGUGUGCAAUUCUGUCACGAGCACGUGUGAAUGUGAUGCAAGUCAGAACUUGACUCUACAUGACGGGGAAUGUAUUCCAGCCGGAAACCUGCACGGCUAUUGCGACACUCAUACUGUCUGUGUGGAUCCAAACACGGAAUGUCGGGACAACACAUGCGUAUGUAGCGCAGGAUUCAGCGACAUUCAGGGAGAAUGCUUACAAGACGGUAUGCCUGGUGGCAGCUGUCUCGCGAACAAGCAGUGUACCCUCAACACCACACGAUGCAGCUACCUGACGGGUUUGUGUGAAUGUGUCGGCAAUUUCACGGCCGUCGGCGGAAUAUGUGUUGAAGAUGGCUACCCCAUGGGUCGCUGUAGUAAUACUGGCGUCACUCCAUGUAGAGAUGCUAAUACUGAAUGUAGAAAUGGGACGUGUGUUUGCGUAGAAAAUCAUACGUAUAUCAAUGGAAGAUGCAUUCUAGAUGGUACAGAAGAUGGAUUUUGUGAUAAUAAUGGCGGUUGCAGCGAUUUCAAAAUCCAUUGCAACUCGGCAUCUGGCCUCUGUGUAUGCAGGGACGAAUAUAUCAACACAGAUGGCGACUGUUCUUGUCCUGGUGGCUUCAGAGAUGGGAACGGAGGCUGUGUCCCUGAAUCCCCGGAUGGAACGUUAGGCGGUUUUUGUAACGCGACAACAGAAUGUUUUGAAGCACAUACCAAAUGUGACGUCAUCAGCGGUGUAUGCAUCUGUGAUGACGUCAACAAUUAUACGGAAUAUAAUGGCACCUGUGUGCCAGCUGGCAGUUUGCACGGGUUAUGCAGCGAGCUCAUAGCGUGCGUAGACCCGCUCACACUUUGCACCAAUCAAACCUGCCUUUGCUUGCCUCAACAUUCUGAAAUCAAUGGCAAAUGUCUGAAAGAUGGGUCACAUGGGGGUUACUGCACGGUCGCUGUCGAGUGUCUGCUUGAUAAUGCUGUUUGCGUCUACGGUAUAUGCCAGUGUGCUUCCGGUUACACGUUUAUCGACAACAUAUGCAUUUUGGAUGGUAGUAAUGGCGGGGUUUGCCUGACGAAUGCAACGUCUACGUGUAAUGACGUUAACGCUGAGUGCAACAGCGACAGGUGUCGCUGUAAGACGGGCUUCUUCAACAUUCACGGGAUCUGCAAAGAAGACCAGCAGCCCGGUGGACGGUGCUCCCCGCCGACUCUGUCCUGUUUGAGCAACCUGACCGAGUGUUCUGAAGAAGGCAUAUGUCGAUGUAUAACCUCAUACACACUGGUUAAUGGUGAUUGUGAAAACGAUGGUAGUAUUUCCGGUGUAUGUAAGUCCACAGAUGUCGCGACCAUCGGAGACUGCGAUGACGUCAACGCGAUGUGUGUUGAUGACGACACUGGUCAAUGUGCCGGUACCAACUGCAAGCCGGGCAUUUGCCGGUGUAAGGCCGGGUAUAAACUAGGUUCACUGGGCCAGUGCGCAGUAGAGUGUGCAACGGACAGUGACUGCUUGGACGCCAACGCGAACUGUCACCCUACGUUGUUCGUGUGCGAAUGUUCCUUACAAUAUACACUUGUAAAAGACGCGUGUGUCGGACCUGGGGAAGUUGGUGGUGAAUGCAGAUCUACAUUGGGUUCAGAAUGUGAUGACGUACAUGCUGUGUGUUUGGACGGAAAAUGCACAUGUAAUGAUGUCAGACAUUACGUCAUAAAAGACGGAAAGUGUGUCAAAAACGAUACGUAUACAAACGGUUUAUGCGGGCAGAACAAGCCAUGUCGAGACAGUAACGCCCACUGUCAGAGUGGUACGUGUGUCUGCAAGGCCAACUAUGUGUCUGUAAAUGGCCGCUGUGUGAACGAUGGUAACAAUGCCCAAAGCUGUGACAGCGAUGAUUCGUGUCCAAAUCACGCCCAAUGUGUUGAGGGUCAAUGCGCUUGCGCGCAAAAUUACGUCAUGGUUCACGGCGUCUGUGUUAAAAGCAACUCGUCAGUGAUCUCUUCUUGCGAAGGAGACUCUCCAUACAACACAUUGCAACCUGAAUGUCCGUCAGGCAAGACUGCCGUAAUAACGGACGCCUAUACUAUGGUAGCCAUGAGGGCGGCAUGUCCGCCCAAGAUGGAUGUGUAUAGCUCCACCUUGUUUGAGCAAUGCUGCACGCCUAAUUCCACUGAUUGCAGACUCGAUGCCCCAGGCUGUAUGCAAGGCAGCUUCUCCACCUAUGACGUGGUCGAGUACACAUGCGUGGAUGAUGGUAGUAAUGGCGGGGUUUGCCUGACGAAUGCGUCGCCUACGUGUAAUGACGUUAACGCUGAGUGCAACAGCGACAGGUGUCGCUGUAAGACGGGCUUCUUCGACAUUCACGGGAUCUGCAAAGAAGACCAGCAGCCCGGUGGACGAUGCUCCCCGCCGACUCUGUCCUGUUUGAGCAACCUGACCGAGUGUUCUGAAGAAGGCAUAUGUCGAUGUAUAACCUCAUACACACUGGUUAAUGGUGAUUGUGAAAACGAUGGUAGUAUUUCCGGUGUAUGUAAGUCCACAGAUGUCGCGACCAUCAGAGACUGCGAUGACGUCAACGCCAUGUGUGUUGAUGACGACACUGGUCAAUGUGCCGGUACCAACUGCAAGCCGGGUAUUUGCCGGUGUAAGGCCGGGUAUAAACUAGGUUCACUAGGCCAGUGUGCAGAAGAGUGUGCAACGGACAGUGACUGCUCGGACGCCAACGCGAACUGUCACCCCACGUUGUUCGUGUGCGAAUGUUCCUUACAAUAUACACUUGUAAAAGACGUGUGUGUCGGACCUGGGGAAGUUGGUGGUGAAUGCAGAUCUACAUUGGGUUCAGAAUGUGAUGACGUACAUGCUGUAUGUUUGGACGGAAAAUGCACAUGUAAUGAUGUCAGACACUACGUCAUAAAAGACGGAAAGUGUGUCAAAAACGAUACGUAUACAAACGGUCUAUGCGGGCAGAACAAGCCAUGUCGAGACAGUAACGCCCACUGUCAGAGUGGUACAUGUGUCUGCAAGGCCAACUAUGUGUCUGUAAAUGGCCGCUGUGUGAACGAUGCUAACAAUGCCCAAAGCUGUGGCAGCGAUGACUCGUGUGCAAAUCACGCCCAAUGUGUUGAGGGUCAAUGCUCAUGCAAGCAAAAUUACGCCAUGGUUCACGGCGUCUGUGUUAAAAGCAACUCUUCAGUGAUCUCUUCUUGCGAAGGAGACUCUCCAUACAACACAUUGCAACCUGAAUGUCCAUCAGGCAAGACAGCCGUAAUAACGGACGUCUAUACUAUGGUAGCCAUGAGGGCGGCAUGUCCGCCCAAGAUGGAUGUGUAUAACUCCACCUUGUUUGAGCAAUGCUGCACGCCUUAUUCCACUGAUUGUAGACUCGAUGCCCCAGGCUGUAUGCAAGGCAGCUUCUCCACCUAUGACGUGGUCGAGUACACAUGCGUGGAUGAUUCCGCUGUUAUUGGUCAUGAAGACGAUGACAGUGUUUCCGGUAAUCCCGUCUACGUGGUGUCGCCUGGAGGCCAUACAGAAAGUGGUUCAGGCGGUGGCACUUCCGCUUCCUUAUGUCACGUGCGAGCAGACUGCAAGACCACUUUAUAUGUGUACGUGGUCUAUAUGGAGCAGGGAGGCGGCACGUGUUCACCUAUCCUUAUCUUAAAUGGUGAGCAGACGGAUUGUAACAAAGACCCAGUAUUCACCACGGCUUACGGAUAUUUGAAAGUUGAAUCUGUGGCAAGCAAUGGCUCGUUCUCUCUUAAGUUUGAAGGUGAUGAGAACGUUUCAAUACAAGUAGCGUGUGGCAGUAAAUCCUCGUCUAUAACUCUAUCUGAACCCGACAGCUGUGUCACGCCACCACCAACAGGUCGUUUCCAGGGAGCAUGUGUUAACUCGACGUGUGUGGAAGAAUAUCUGAUUUGUGAAAACAGCAUUUGUGUAUGUCGAGCCGGAUACUCGGAGGAUGGAGAGAUUUGUGUAAAAACUGACGAUCCACAAAGUAACACAAUGAUGUGGAUUGUUAUCACUAUCUGCCUGCUGCUGCUGGUCGGACUCCUCGUAAUUGCUUGGUUUUGUCUAAAGGACAAGAUAUGUAAACCUGUUUUGGCUAAACCGGACCUCAUCGCUGACACUUCUCCAGCUAAUACAAAGUUUGCAGCGACACCGAAAACCAUGGCUGUUACGCCAGCCAACGAGAAGUUCCGCCGGGAGAAUACAGACCUACCCUCAAGAUCGACACUGCCACCCAUAACAAGUAAACCUCCUGUCCAGCAACGAUGGCACGGUGCACUGGACGAGGUUCAGAAAAGAGGAAAGAAUAAGAAAGGGAAAUCCACGCGUCAGAAGAUGGAGGAACUGAUUCAGUCUCUGCGUACACCUAGGGGCAGUGACGCCGUCGGCAAUACCCGCUUCUCCAGAGCUUUAGAAAUGGAUAAAGUCACAGCCAUACCCCCACACAAUCUUAAUGAAGACCUAUCAGACAUGGACAAGAAGAAAAAGAAGAAAAAGAGCAGGAACAGAAAGAUUAAAAAUUCUAUAGCCGCAAUAUCUCGUUUCCAUUCAGGGGAUGAUUUUUCCGGCCAGCAGGGGGUUUUCAGACCGACCGAAAAUUUCCACACUUAUCAACCCCAAGUUGUACCGUUGGGUCCAGGUGGGCUGCCGUCGUUCAGAAAGUCAUCUGUGGGCGCGGAUGGCGUGCCGCUAGCCGACGGCGCUAGUAUGAACGGCUUCAUCACAAUGCAUCCUCCGCCCGGUCCGCCAGGUCGUCUCCCUCCUGUUCAGGCUCCCCAGGUUACAGGACCCGCUCCUAAAGAUUUUGUUGAAGCCGAGGAUCUACCAAAAAGUCUGCGAUUACCAUCGAGACAAGGUAUGUUUUCACAGUCUGGCACAAGCAACCCUGGCGCUUGGGCUCAGAGCAUUGCUCCUUCCACGGGAAGUUACCAUUCCGAAGUCCACCCUCCGCCAAACAUGGGCUUUUCGAUGAAUUCCGAGCUGAGCUCAAGUGGUACCUUUGGGCCACUGUUUCGACGGACCUCGGUAGGUGUAUCAGGACAGCCAGCGGGUCAGUCGAUCUACUCGAGGCAUUCAAGCGGGGAUCAGUUUGCACCUCAUGAUCCUCAAGUAACUCCAAGACCAAGAACUGUAAGGCGACCGUCUCAACAGCUGGACAUCUCUUCUCUUGGCGACAGAAAUACGUAUGAAUAAACCUUCUGAGAUAUGACUUGUUGUAACACUGUUUUGCGAAAGAUUUACUUAUAAUUUUGUUAGAAUUGUUGUUUUCAAAUGUAUUUGUACAUUCUAUAAAAGCUGUUUAUAUAUAGUUAUUUUCUCAUUUAUUGUUAUUUGUGUGCCAAAGUCAGAAUUUAUAUGCAUAGGUUAGUAACACUUUCACAAUGUACUUAUUUCUCUUACUAAAUAUUGUCUUUAACACUAGGUACGCACGUUCGUUUAGUGUAUUUUAAGGAACAUCUUAUUAUAUAUGUUUACAGGCGCGUGCACUUACAAAUAACAUGUAUAUUAAUAGUGUUUUCUAUACAACAGUCCAUUUCAUAUAUUAUAUUUAGUACGUAAACCACAUUGUCAUCUGUUUCUGAGAGAUGUAAGCAUGGAAGCGCUUCUUCAUUAAAUCAGUUCUACUUGGAUCAUUUAGGUUAAUGCUGAUACGUGUAUCAAUGAUGAACUUUCUAAUACCUAUAUAUCUAUUGAACACCAAGUUACAGUGCUAAAUGCAAACUAACACAAUAUCAUUGAUUUGAACGUUCAUGAUUCUACAUACAGAAACUAAUGAAAAGUUAAGGAAAUGGGAUUAUUUACUAAUGAAAAGUUAAAGGAAAUGGGAUUAUUUACUAAUGAAAAGUUAAGGGAAAUGGGAUUAUUUACUAAUGAAAAGUUAAGGAAAUGGGAUUAUUUACUAAUGAAAAGUUAAGGGAAAUGGGAUUAUUUACUAAUGAAAAGUUAAAGGAAAUGGGAUUAUUUACUAAUGAAAAGUUAAGGGAAAUGGGAUUAUUUACUGUUAUUUGAGGAUUGUUUUGCUAUAAUUUACAGUUCACGUCUUAAUGUCAGUAUUAUCGAUAUGUCAUCAAGUCUCAUAAUUUGCAAUAUUUAUAUAUAUAAACCAGGAUUUUUACUUUAUGUUGUUGUGUGAUGUAUUUACAAAUACUGUUAUAUUUUUAAGAUAUUGGUUAAUCAA